ACGACUUUGGGAUGGAUGUUUUGUGACAUUGAUGUUUGUUGUACAUCAGUAAGGGGUCAGCGUCCGCUUCAUCUCCAUCCUAGCAUGGCCGAUCGACGUCUGAGAUAAGUUGUUCUCUAUUUAGACCACCACCAUCACCAUCACCAUCAUCAUUACCAGUAUCAUUACCAUCAGGCCAAGAUCCUAUCACACUACCUUUCGUACCGUCAUAGUGCUGUCUUCACUUGCCACCUUUACCAUUACUAUCAGUAUCGUUGAAAAAAUCAUGUCAGGCACAACGGAAGUGAACUUGCAAGAGGACCGAGGCCCACGCAUGCGCGUUCUGCUAAUUAUCAUGGCCAUUUUACCUAGCAUUGCCAUUGCUCUGCGGUUCUGGUCGCGAACGAAAUUGCCCACGAAGGGCUCAUUUCCACGCCUAUGGUGGGAUGACUGGGCUGCUCUUCUGGCCGGGAUGAUCAACAUUGCCGUGUGUGCCAUGGGACUCAAAAUGUGCGACAUUGGCAUGGGGCGGCAUGUGGAGGUGGUGUCAGCGGAGAAUUUGACAAUCUUCCUGAAACUUCUCUGGGCGGAGUAUUUCGUGUUUGACACGGGCACUUCGGUGGCCAAAGCCUCAGCCUUGUUCUUCUACUCGCGGCUCUUCAGCCAGGCUAACACCCGCUUUCGAUAUUGCAUCUAUGUGGUGCAUGCAUUGAACGCCCUCUGGCUGAUGGGCAUUCUCCUCUCCGUCAUCUUCGAAUGCACGCCGAUCCAGAAGGUCUGGGACCCCACCCUGCCCGGUCGAUGUGAUAAUUCCCGCAUUCUGUGGAUGGGCAGUGGCAUUCCCAGUUUGAUUAUUGAUGUUUUCAUCCUGGUCCUUCCGGUGCCUAUGGUCCUGCGGCUAAAGAUGAAUCCCACCCGAAAGAUGCUGGCCAUCGGUGUAAUUGUGCUCGGUUAUUUUUGUCUCUAUUGGUCGACUUGUCUCGAUCGUUCAAUCCGGCGACGGACUUCAAACCGAUCCUACCUUUAACAUCAUUACCCCCGUCUAUUGGCUGGGAUCCGAAAUCCCCAUCUCGGUCAUCAGUGUCUGUCUGCCAAGUAUUUUUCUCCUCGUCCGUCAUCUCUGCGCCCGCCAGUUCCACACUCUCGGGGGUAGCAGUAACGGCACGCCUCAAGAUUCCUAUCGUUCCUCCACCCGCAAGUUAAUCUACCAGAAGCGCCCUGAGCGGGGUUCAAGCUUACGGGGAGGCGUCCU